ACUCCACACUAUUUUCCUUCCCUUUCUUCUCUGUGGAUAAAGCAAAGCAGUAGCUGAGGAAGCUUUGAGGGUGAGAGAAAACCAUGGCCGGUGCUGCAAUUGGGGUUGCCCACUGCUUGGCUCUUCCUUCCAAAUUCAGAAUCCUUUCACUUAACGCUUCUUCCUCUUCUUCUUGUUCAGUUCCUUUCACUUCUCUGGGUUUCUCCUCUAAUCUGUCACAAACUGUCUUCUCCAAAGGCCGUUUGUCAAUAAGCACAAUCCGGGGGCCGACUCAUCACUCCAUUGUAUGCGACGCUGCGCCGAUGAGGAAAGCUGAUUCAGCGGCAAAGAGAGUUCGCCAGGCUGAGAAAAGGCGCAUCUACAACAAAGCCCGGAAAUCGGAAAUCAGAACCCGAAUGAAGAAGGUUUUGGAAGAACUGGAUGGGCUCAAGAAGAAACCUGAUGCACAAGCUGAAGAAGUCCUUCCAAUUGAGAAGCUGAUUGCUGAGGCAUACUCAGUUAUUGACAAAGCUGUGAAAGUGGGUACACUACACAGGAACACUGGUGCACGCAGAAAAUCACGUCUUGCUCGAAGAAAGAAAGCUGUUGAGAUCCACCAUGGCUGGUAUACACCUGCUCCCCCGGUAACCACCUAAAUCUACCUUGUUGUGUCACAUUUACUAAAGGCAGGAAUUAAAUCUACCUUCUUGUGUCACAUUUACUAAAGGCAGGAAUUGUGGAGAAGUCAAUUUUCAUAGCCUUUUCUUUCCUUCAGACUGCUUUAUUCAUGUUGUAACUGCUGUACUUCCUCUUUUUCAUGCAUAUAGUUCACACCUUUUUCCCCUGUCCCCCCUUGAACCUUCA